UCACUUCAGACUUGGACUUAUUGAUUUUUAGGGCUUUGAAUAGGGAUUAUUUAAAUAUCGGUUCGCCGGAAACCUCGGAUAUCAAUCGAAAUUCCUGUAAAAUCGCUUCUUGAAGCUUUAAAGUACCCAGAAGUAGCUUUUGACGAGUUCUUCCUGUCGCGCAUAAAAGAAUAUGGCGACGAAGUUGCUUUGAUUGAAAACACCAACGAAGGCAAACAAUUAACUUUCUGGCAGCUUUACAAGCAGAUACAAUUGUGUGGCAGAUUUAUUCAGAAGCAAGGAAUAAAUAAGGGGAAUGUCGUUGGUCUAAUAAUUCCUAAUUGCUUGGAAUAUGUAGUAGCACUGGUGGGAGUGAUAUCUUGUGGGGCAGUUGUAUCACCAUGUAAUCCUUUAUAUAAGGAAGGAGAAAUGCAUCGCAUUUUUAACAUCACGGAACCGAAAAUGCUUAUCGUAUCUGACAAGAUAAUCAAUUUGGUGAAACGAGUUGUCGAACAUAAUCCAAACGUUCAGAAAAUCAUAGUCAUGGGGGAAAGUGAUGAAUUUGAAACUUGGGAUAAAGUUAUGGCUGUAAAUGAGGAACAACUAGUAGACUUGGACCGUAAUUUCAAGAUAUUGCCAAAAUAGGAUUUGGCAAUCUUACCAUAUUCAGGUGGAACAACAGGAAUGCCGAAAUGUGUAAUGCAUACUCAUUUCAGUCUGAUUGCAGCGUUAUUGUCAUCCUGGUAUCAGCAAGGUUUCGGUUACAAAAGGGGAGAUACAUUUUACAACGAAAGUCCAAUGUUCCAUAAUGGCGGGUUUCUUUUGCUUCUAAGAGCUCUGCAGGGUGGGUUGAGAGUUGUAAUGGACCGAGACUUUGAUGUUGAACGAGUGUUUGUUACGAUACAAAAAUACAAGGUGAAUCACUUUUUAAUGAUACCGCCAAUCUUGUUGGAAAUGUCCCAAACACAGUUACACAAAAAAUAUGAUACGUCAUCAUGGCAUCAAUCCCGGCAUCAAUUGUGAAAGUUGUUAAGGAACGGUUUAAAAUAAAUAUAGUUCCAGGUUACGGAAUGACGGAAUGUGCUCCAAUAUCUUUAAACUUUCAAGCUGAAACAUUCCCUGAAUCAGUAGGUUCGAUCUGGGUCAAUGUUGAAGUAAUGAUUGUUGAUCAAAAUACUGGUAAGGAACUGAAAUCUGGCAAAAAUGGAGAAAUUUUGGUCAAAGCCCCGCAGAUGACUAAAGGAUAUUAUAGAAAUAAAGAAGCUACAGAACAAACGAUAAACAAAGACGGAUUUCUACACACCGGUGAUAUUGGACUUAUUAAAAAUGAUAUGCUAUAUGUGAUUGGGCGUCUCAAGGAGGUUAUCAAGUAUAAAUCUUUUCAGGUGCCGCCUGCCGAAAUAGAAAAUAUUCUUUUGGGACAUCCUGGUGUUGGAGAUGCUGGAGUGGUUGGAAUUCCUGAUCAGCUUUGUGGAGAAUUACCAAAAGCGUUGGUUGUACGAAAACUACCAUCUGUCAACUCUGAUGAACUUCUUGAGCUUGUUAAAGGAGAACUUGUCGACUACAAACAGUUAAGAGGUGGCAUCCAAUUUGUUGACAAAAUACCAAAAUCAAAAGUGGGAAAAAUUGAUCGCAUAAAGUUGAAGAAAAUGGCUACUCAGUAGUUAAAGAAAUUGGCAACCAAUCACAAAGAAAUACAAAUUGUAGUCGAAGUAUAAUAAUAGAAAACAUAAUUACCUGCUCGAAAACCCAGUGUUGAAAUAAAUCAACAAAUAGCAUUAAAAACAUAUCCUGAGUCUUUAGUGAAAAUAUGCCACUUUAGCGAAUGUGGAAUAUGCCUAUGGAUUUUAAUGUUAUUUCACCGCUUCGUAUCAAUAGCUUGUUGAAUUCAAUAAAAAUAGGUCAUUUUAGCAAUUUCUCUGAUGGUGAUUUAUUGUAGCAAAGAUUUUAUGCUGAGCCUUCUUUGUAUCGAUCAAUCUGUGUCAUGUUUCCGGCCUCCAUUCGAGAGUUUUGAGAAAUAUAGGUUUUUCAGGAUUUUGCAUUAUUACUGAUUUGGAUUUCAACCGUGAAACUGAUAUUGAGGCUUAAGUUUAUCUUUCAAUAUGUCUGUUUGUAUUCAAUUCAAUCGUACAACUUCACAAUAUACGAACAUUGGCAUUACAA